GUGGAAUCUUCAUACUUUAAAAUACUAGAAUUAUAUCUUCGUGUUGUAUCAUAGUUGUAAUACCUUUUUUUUAUUUGAAAGUUUUUUUUGUGAAGUGUUUGGUGUAUUUUUCUUAUAAGUGAAAGUGGAAGAUUUUGUGGAGGAAUAAUCAAAAGUUUGCAUUAAAGAUGCAUUACAGAAACGGAAACGUGAGACCCGGAAUGAAGCGCGAAUCGCAAGAAGACGGAGACGUCCGCGAGGCCCCACAGAAACGUUCCAGACGCGGUGAUGAGGAAGUGAGGCUUUUGAUUCCCAGCAAGGUCGCUGGAUCUAUCAUCGGAAAAGGUGGUCAGAGCAUUACAAAACUUAGAGGACAGUAUAAAGCCUCAAUUACUGUGCCAGAUUGCCCUGGGCCAGAACGGAUCCUUACGAUGUACUCUGAUCUGGAUACCAUCUGCAACAUCGUGCAGGAUGUGAUGCCAAAUUUGGAACAGAACGGCUGUCGGGCUGGUAGCGAUGAAGUCGAUAUCAGAAUGUUGAUUCAUCAGAGUCAAGCUGGAUGCGUUAUUGGAAAGGCCGGAUCAAAAAUCAAGGAACUCAGAGAUAGUACUGGUGCCCGCAUCAAGAUUUUCUCCAACACUGCUCCUCAAAGCACGGACCGUAUCGUGCAGAUGGUCGGUCGAUCAAAUACAAUUGUGGAUGCCAUUCGUGAGAUUAUCACUCUAGUAAAAACAAACCCAAUUCGUGGUGCUGUGAAUAACUACGAUCCAUACAAUUACGAUGAUUUCUAUGCCAAUGAAUACGGCGGUUAUGGCUCCAAUUCACGCAAUGGACCUGGAGGUGACGACUUUGGAGGACGCGGUGGCGGUGGCGGCGGUAUGAGAAAUGACGACCGCCGCGGUAGCGGUCGCAACAGCGGCGGAUUUAGCCGUAACAGCGGCGGCGGCAGUGGUGGAGGCAGCGGAAUGAGGUCUGGCGGCGGCGGUGGUGGAAUGAGCGGCGGUGGCGGCGGCAGAAGCAGUUUUGGCGGUCGUGGUGGCGGUUUCGAAGACCGCGGCUCUUCAAUGCGCAACAGUUUCGGUAAUCGCGAUUCAGGAUUUGGUGGUGGACGAGAUGGAGGAUAUGGUGGCCGAGACAGUUUUGGAGGUGGUCGAUCUGGAAAUGGUGAUUUCGGAAGUGGUCGCAAUGAUUUCGGCGGUGGAAUGAGGGAUAACUUCAAUUCUCGCAACAGUAUGUCCGAAUUUAGCGGUAACAACUUCAACAAUCGGUCCGGAGAUGGUUUCGGUUUCGGUGGCAAUCGCGGUAACUCUAUGGAUCCCUGGGCUUCGAACAAUGGUGGGCCUGGUGGCAUGGGUCUGGGAAAUUCCAUGGGAGGCAUGAAUAAUGGUUCUGGCAUGGGCAAUUUAGGAUCGGGACCCAUGGGUGGCGGCGGUGGUCCAGUAGGGCUCAUGGACGGACCAGGAAAGAGCACUACACAAGUCACCAUUCCAAAAGAUCUAGCCGGCGCAAUUAUCGGUAAAGCUGGUUCCCGCAUUCGUAAAAUAAGAAUGGAAUCCUGUGCUGACAUCACCAUAGAUGAACCGCUGCCUGGAUCCAAUGAUAGAAUUAUUACAAUCUCAGGUCUACCCAAUCAAAUACAAAUGGCGCAAUAUUUGCUCCAACAAAGUGUACAUCAAAGCAACGAUAGAAAAUUUUGAAGUAAAUAAAACAAGAAUCAUCGCUACAAAUCAUCAAAGGAGUUUUUUUUUAAGUUUGUAUGUUGACUGAAAUAAAAUUAAGUUAAUCUAACUUUUAUUACUCUGCAUACAUUUUAAUAAAUGUUGAGAAAGAAUUAAUUAGAAGCUAAUAAAUACUUUUAAAGUAGUGUAAGAUCAUUCAACGCAUUCACAAAAUCGAUUUACAUUCCUUCA